AAGACCUCAAUAUUGAUUUAUUACUCUGUAGUUUGCUUCUAAAGUGAAGUCUUUUGCAUUUCUAUAAGGUUAUUGUUCCAUCUCUUAACUCGGACUUUCAACCUUACCCGGGCCGCCGGAAACUUCUGAUGGGUAAGACGAAGGUGAAACCUGUGGAGGAUGUGAACCCGGAAGUGAUGGAAGAAGUUGAGGAAGCAGAGGAAGUAGAAGAACAGAGAAACGUCGGAGAAGAAGUAGAAGAAGAAGAAGAAAAUGUAGAAGAAGAUGUAGAGAAGAGUUUCGAAGAGCUAGGGCUUGAUUCUCGUCUAAUUCGUGCCCUAAGUAAAAAGAGUAUAGAGAAACCCACUCUUAUUCAGCAAUCAGCCAUUCCUUAUAUUCUGGAAGGAAAAGAUAUAGUUGCUAGGGCAAAGACGGGUUCAGGCAAGACUUUGGCUUACCUUUUGCCAUUGCUCCAGAAGCUCUUUUCAGCAGAUUCUGGGAGCAAGAAGAAGCUUGCUCCUUCUGCCUUUAUUCUUGUUCCAUCUCGAGAGUUAUGCCAGCAGGUCUACACAGAGGUUUCUUCCCUUAUCGAGUUGUGUAGGGUUCAAUUGAAAGCAGUACAGUUGACUAGUAGCAUGCCUGCUACUGAUAUGCGUAAUGCAUUGGCUGCACUGCCUGAGAUUCUUGUCUCCACACCUGCUUGCAUUCCGAAAUGCUUUGCUGCCGGAGUUUUAGAGCCCACUGCUGUCAGUGAAUCACUUGAAAUCCUGGUUCUUGAUGAGGCAGAUCUUUUGUUGUCAUAUGGAUAUGAAGAUAAUCUAAGGUCGGUAACUUCAAUUAUCCCAAGGCGUUGCCAAUGCCUUCUUAUGUCGGCUACCACAAGUUCUGAUGUUGAAAAGUUAAAGAAAUUGAUUCUCCACAACCCAAUCGUUUUGACGCUGACAGAAGAUAGUGAUAAGGAGGAGCCUGUCCCAAGUAAUGUUCAGCAGUUUUGGAUUUCUUGCAGUGCUCAGGAUAAGUUGCUUCACAUUCUUGCUCUCUUGAAGUUAGAAGUUGUUCAGAAAAAAAUUCUGAUAUUCAUCAAUACGAUAGACAUGGGUUUCAAGUUGAAAUUAUUCUUGGAAAAGUUUGGAAUCAAGUCUGCAAUUUUAAAUGGGGAGUUACCUCAGAAUUCUCGGCUUCAUAUCCUUGAGCAAUUCAAUGCAGGUCUUUUUGAUUACUUGAUUGCAACGGAUGAUAAUAGCCAGACUAAGAAAGAAAAGGAAGAGGCUAAAGGUGAGGAUGACAAGGAGAACAAGAAAAAGCGAAGAAAACCGAAGCUGGAUGCUGAGUUCAGUGUAGUUAGGGGAAUUGAUUUCAAAAAAGUUCACACGGUCAUUAACUUUGAUAUGCCUCAAAGUGUUACUGGAUAUAUCCAUCGAAUUGGGCGUACAGGGAGAGCAUAUAGCAGCGGUUCUUCUGUUUCUCUUGUUUCUCCUGAUGAGAUGGAAGGGUUUGAAGCUAUAAAGUCCUUCUUAGCAAGCGACAAGAACAAGGAUAGUGAUAUUAUCACACCCUUCCCUUUGUUGACUGAAAAUGCUGUCGAGUCUCUUAGAUAUAGAGCUGAGGAUGUGGCAAAGAGUGUUACAAAGGUAGCUGUUCGAGAGUCUCGAGCUCAGGAUUUGAGGAAUGAGAUCAUCAACUCCGAAAAGUUAAAAACUCAUUUUGAAGCUAAUCCAAGAGACUUAGAUCUGUUGAGACAUGACAAGCCUCUGAGUAAGACUGCGCCUGCACCACAUCUAAAAGACGUCCCCGAGUAUCUAGUGGACCCAAAGACUCAAGAAGCAAGCAAGAUGGUGAAGCUAAAUGGAGCCGCAAUGGGAAACUCUAGGAGAUCCGGUGGUGGUCGCAACAACAAAAACAAGAAACGUUCCAGAAAAGGCAGCGACCCACUCAAAACCUUCAACCCCAAUGGAUCUAAGAGAGGACAUGGUGGCGGUGUUGGCCAGAAGAAGGAUGGCAAAGAUUCUAGCGAUGGCUCGACCAAACACAAGAAACAUAAGACUGUUUAAGUUUAUUCAUUUUUCUUAUGUGUAACCAAAUUUUGACUCGUUAUAAAUCACACAAAACAAGACAGACAAGAGCAAUCGCCUUAAAGCUCUAUUCUUGUAGCAUCACGAGACAAAAGUUUUGUGAGCAUAUUAGCUUUUUGAGUUUUGGUUUGAUAUAAGAUGUUUGUAAUCAAUCUUA